GAGUGUCAGUCUGAAGGCUUGAGCUGCUCCGUCGGUUACGAUGCUGAAAGCUCCACCCGCGAGUUUCCUCUCCUCGCUGGAGCCAGGUGGAUGGCGCCGGCGGCCUUUCCGGCGAUCUCCGCCGCCGAUUUCGGCGGCUCUGAUGACCAAUCCCGCUUAUUUCGAGGUGGGCAGAUACUUGGGUGGCUAUGGUUUCAUGAAUAUCACAAGUUAUUCGUCUUCUCAAUUUGGAGGGCUUCCAGAUGUUGCUGGUAUUCAGGACCUUGGUCUUGGAUAUUCAUCAGAAGAGAUUGAGCGAUUGAGAGCUCAAGAUAUUGGAGAAGGAGAAGUUAAUAUUAGACUUUAUGAGGGAAGAGUGGUUCAAGGUCCACUGAAGGGUACAGAAGCUGUAUUUAAGGUAUAUCCUGGGUCCCGUUUUGGUGCAUCUGAAGCUGAUUUAAUGGCAGUUAAUGAGCUAAGAACUCAUGUUUUUCUUCAGAAUGAUGCUAGUGACAUCUCUGAGAACAUUCAGUUUCUAUUAGGAGCCUUCGAGACGUCUACUGGAGAGCAGUGGCUUGCCUUCCGUGAUGAUGGAAGAUAUAGCGCUGCAGACUAUGCAAAAUUAACCAGUGAAAGAAAACUGAAGGAGCAAUCCGGCUCCAUAUCGUUCUGGAAUCCUUACGACCAAGCAUACAAAUUGGAACUAAGGAGAUACUUUGUUCUUAAGCUGCUUAAUGGAGCUAUGAGUGGUCUUGUUCACAUGCAUAAUCAUGAUAGACUGCACCAAAGCCUUGGCCCCUCUUCUGUUGUUCUCAAUACUGUAGCAGAGAAAAAUGGGCGUUAUUUAGUUCCACGUCUCCGUGAUUUGGCUUUCUCUGUAGAUAUUGGGUAUUCUUCUGUUGGGGCUGGAGCAUUGUCAGACGGACUGUGGCGUCGAGCAUCUGCUGCUGGAGCAUCAACUCCUCUGGAGAAGCGAGCUUUUGGAAUAGCUGAUGACAUAUAUGGAGCUGGACUGCUUCUUGCAUACAUGUCAUUUGUUCCUUUUUGCGAAGCAGGCACUAUGGAUGGCAUUUCUUUGCAGAGACUUUUGGAGAAUACGUUCCGUCUUGACAUGUACGCUGCAAGAGAGAAUUUUUGUAGGUACUUUCUAGCAGAUGACCGGUUAUCAGAAGCUGUUGAUUUUCUAGACUUGGGUGAUGGUGCCGGCUGGGAGUUGUUGCAGGCAAUGCUAAAUCCAGAUUACCGUAAACGUCCAAUUGCGGAGGCUGUACUGAACCAUAGGUUUCUGACUGGUGCUGUCUUAUGGAACUAAAAGUGACAAGAUUCGACAAGGCAAAUUCGUGCUCUACUGUAUAUGCAAACGUUUGCACUUUAUGGAAGAAAUGUAUGAAAUCUAGAAGUAUUUCAUGAAACCGGAUGCUGAGUUGUGCUUACACUACCUGGAUUGGAACGAUGUAAAUAGUUAAUGAAUCCUGUAUGAGAAAGCAACAUGAUACUCUGUAAUUGAAACUGUCUGGAUCGUUGAUACUCAUACGCAACGACGGACGCUGUCGUCUUUCCUUUUCGGGUUCGCUCGAGGUGACGCCUCUUCUUGCCGUUGAUAUGCAACACUGGCGCGUAAUUUUGCUCUACUAGGACCAUGGUGAACUGUCGAUUAUCUUAGAAAGUUUCGUGAUUACCCUUUUUUACAUAA